UAGCUUUUGACAUGAUUUUUCUGUCUCUUUCACAUCUUUUAGUGAAGAUAAGUUUAACAUUUUUAUCCAAUAGAGUUUCUCCAUGAGCUUUGAACUCUCAUUUCGAGGAAAAAGGACUCUAAGAAAGAAAGAAUCUCGUCAGCGGAUACUUUGACUUUUAUCAUUUUCAAGCCUUGGAAAAGUUUGAGUAAUGCUUUUGCUUUUAACAGGAACAAGCAAUAGCUAUGCCCCCUGAGCAGGAAUCUGAACUCAAAACAAGCCUUCGGCACGCUCUAAAUUAUCCGCCAAUUGCUAGCAGAAGAUCGAGGCAGAAUUUGACUGAGGAGGAGAGGGAAGAAAGAAGGCUGUGUCGUGUGUUAGCAAAUAGAGAGUCUGCUAGGCAGACAAUUCGCCGGAGACAGGCCAUGUACGAAGAAUUGACAAAAAAAGCAGCUGAUCUUGCAUCGGAGAACGAAAAUUUGAAGAAGAAAAAGGAGCUGGCUGCUAGGGAGUACGAAUCUUUGAAGAACGAACAUACUAGCUUAAGAAUACGGGUAGCUAAAAUAGAGAAGGCUGAAGCAGAGGAAAUAGAUGGUGGUUCUAAGUCAAAACCUGUAGAAAUCUCCUCUACAAGUACAGCUGCAACUCCGACUCCAACCCCAAAUCCAAUUCUGACCUCUCUUUUUAACCAAUCUCCAAUAGCACCUUUCUUUUGGCCGUCCAUCAUUCAACCCUUCAAUGCUUUCCUAUUACAGUGUGGUUCCCAAAAUAUUUCUGAUAUUACAUCGGUGUUGCCUUCACCUACUUCUGGAGAAUUAAAUUCUAUUAACAGACAAGAGAGUUCUAACCCUGGAAAUCCACUAUUUGUACUUCCCUUCCCGUGUUUGAUCCCAUUUCAUCCUCAAAGUAGCAGUCCAUUUCUUCCUUUGUCCUCUACCCUUACUGAUAAACAUGCGGAGACUUCCUUGGUCCAUCAGUGUAGUACUUCAUAUCUGAACACGGAGAACAACCAAGCAGCGAUUGCUCAUGAAGUCGAGGCAGAUGCUCCCCAAUCAAUAAAAGCUACGCAAAGAGACUUUCUUCACAAGCCUGCACUUUGUUUUCCACCAGAAGGAGGUGCGUCCGAAGGAAGCCGGCAACCUUCAAGUUCACACAUACAGCUUGGUACCUAUGAACGUAUUAGCUCUCAACAAGACAAUGCCCCUGAUAUCGGAGCUGUUUCUUGUACUGUGGGACAUGUAGCAGAUACUUCAGAAAAGACAUCUCAAGAAUGCAUCAUCUCCUCUAGCAAAACUCCAGUCGAUGCCCAUGCAGCAGCAGAGGCUCGGAAACGAAGAAAAGAGUUACUGAAAUUAAGAAGCCAGCAUUCUGAUCAGUUUGGCCCGCACCACUAAGCUUCCGAGGCAUGAGGUUAGGUCAAAAAAGAUUGUCACUCUCUAAUUUAAGCUUGAUCUGAACGAGGUGGUCGGACUCUUUAAUGUAAAAUGUGGACAAAUCACAUUAUCAUCAUUUUGUUCAAUGUGCAGUAUGCAUCAGCUGCAUGUAUACCAGAGAUAACUCAUUGAGGAAAUAUUGGAACCGCCGGAGGGUUUUAAAACUACUAUCUCUUGAGUGAGACAUAUUCUGAUUUCAGUAAGAGAUAGGUUUUGAUGUAACAUGUCUAAAGCAUGAGUUGUACAUGUAGUAGGAGCUUUAAAACUUCCAAGAGUGAUGAUACUAUAGAAAAUCAUUGCCAGUUUUGUGGGAAUUUCGUUUUGCCGAGAGUGUAUAAUGGAAGAGAAUGUACCAAUAUGUGGUUUCUUGUACUUUAUUGUUACU